GAGACACAUGCAUUCAUCUGCUACAACACAUCCGCUACACUUUACAUUGUAACAUUCUUCACUCUUGUUGUUACAUUGGAACGUUCGAUUUACGAUCUCGUCCGUUACAGUGUUUCGUCCGUCGGUCAGUCAGUGAUACUUUGUAACAGUUUUCCUGGUUCCGGUCAUUACCAGCUGCGACCGACAGAGGCAGUGCUGAGUUACAGACUACAGCAGAGAUACAGGCAGAGAAUAUCACAUAGAAAAAAACACAGAGAGGGCGAGAGAACCGAAGAGAAGGGAAGAGCGCCUGGCAGGGGCUCACAGAGACCCCCGGAUCCAGAUGCAAGUUCAUAUCCCACCUUACCGAUCGAUAUGUGAUCAAUUUUAUCAAUCCCGUCGCUUGAAUGACGCCCGGACUGCUUGAGACGUUGUAACGGAGGAGAAACAAAAACCUUCCCGGCGACCUUUUUUUUUUCUUCUUCUUUUCUGUCUAUUGUGGAUCAUUUUCUCUUUGGAAUCGGAAUUGGAUUGAUCAUUCAUAAGGACAGCGCACAUAUUGGCUUCGAGGGAGUAAGAUGGGGUGUUUGGGGAGCAGUAAAACCGAAGACCAGCGCAUCGACGAGAAAACACAGCGAGAGGCCAACAAGAAAAUAGAGAAACAGUUGCAAAAAGAGAGACAGGCUUAUAAAGCCACACAUCGACUGUUGUUGUUGGGGGCUGGUGAAUCGGGCAAAAGCACUAUCGUGAAGCAGAUGAAAAUUCUUCAUGUCAACGGGUUUAAUGCGGAGGAAAAGAAACAGAAAAUUCAAGACAUUCGCAAGAAUGUAAAGGACGCCAUCGUGACCAUAGUGUCAGCAAUGAGCACUUUAAUACCACCCGUCCCACUCGCUAAUCCAGAGGACCAGUUUAGGAUCGACUAUAUCAAAAGCAUAGCGCCGCUCUCUGACUUUGAUUACACACAGCUGCUCUCAAUACAGGAGUUUUUCGACCAUGCGAAGAAGCUCUGGGAUGAUGAAGGCGUUAAGGCGUGUUAUGAACGGUCCAACGAAUAUCAACUAAUCGAUUGUGCGCAUUACUUUCUUGACCGGAUUGACGCAGUAAGACAAAGCGAUUACACACCAACAGACCAGGACUUGCUUCGCUGCAGAGUGUUAACAUCAGGGAUCUUUGAGACGCGAUUUCAAGUAGACAAAGUCAACUUUCAUAUGUUUGAUGUCGGAGGUCAGAGAGACGAAAGAAGAAAAUGGAUUCAGUGUUUUAAUGACGUCACAGCGAUCAUCUUUGUGGUAGCGAGCAGCAGCUACAACAUGGUCAUAAGGGAAGACAACAACACAAACCGGCUACGGGAAGCACUUGCUCUUUUUCGCAGUAUCUGGAACAACAGAUGGUUACGAACAAUUUCUGUCAUAUUGUUCCUUAACAAACAGGACAUGCUGGCAGAGAAAGUAUUAGCUGGGAAAUCUAAAAUUGAAGAUUAUUUCCCUGAAUAUGCUUGUUACACCAUACCAGAUAAAGUAACUCCUGAACCAGGUGAAGAUCCCAGAGUGACAAGAGCCAAGUUUUUCAUUCGUGACGAGUUUCUGAGGAUCAGCACAGAAAGCGGAGACGGCCGUCACUACUGUUAUCCCCAUUUUACAUGUGCGGUGGACACGGAGAACAUCCGCCGGGUCUUCAACGACUGCCGAGACAUCAUCCAGAGAAUGCACCUGCGGCAGUACGAGCUCUUGUGAUCGGCGGGACCCACCGCGUCUCCAAACUCCGCAGACAAAGAAUACUACUGACGUUUGGCACACCACACUUCGGUUUUUAACUCGUUUUAUUUCAACUCGUGAUUCGAUCGGCGGAGAGGGUCACUGGGUUUUCCCCCACGUUUUUAUUUGGAUUGCCUUUAUUUUUGCCAUUCCAUGAAGCCUCUGGCUACCUCCUUAUUUUUUAUUUUUUAUUUUGCUAAAACAAAAAAAUGAUAUCGUUGUGUAUAUUUUCUGGCUCCUGCCAGAUUAUGAAGAUCGCAUCACCUUGUGACCUCCAGGAGUCCUAGUCUCGCACCCCGAACCUUGAUCUUCUGACCUACAGGGCUCUCUGCUGCUCUUUCUGUUUCUGAACACUGAAGAUCGCCCACGGGACAGAGGCGGGGACGGGGCGGGGGGGCUAGGGGUUGUCGAACACUGGGAAAACGAAGUGAAGUAAUGCACUUUUCCAUCCGGUUUUGACUGACGUUUUUCUUUACGAAGAUGGACACACAAUGUAGCAUCACAUCAUGAAUUUCUGUCCCACUCCCACUUGCGGACAGGUCAGAGGAUGGUGGGAAUGACCACGCCCCCUUUCAUUGGAAGUAGGCGGGGCGUUUGAAACGAGGAGGCGGGGCUCCGGGAACAUUGCCGAAGCCUCGGUUUGCUCUCGAGAACAUGACGGCAACACGUCCGUGACAAGAAACGCCCCUGUUUCUUAUUGUUUUAGGUUCGUAUCUUGUACAGACUGUGCAAGGUUGAAUUGUUUUUUUUUUUCCCUUUCCUUUCCUGUACAGACUAUAAAAUGUUAUAUUAUUUUGUACAACUUUAUUGAAAGAGAGUAAAAAAAAAUCUACUUGUAGAUCUUUGUGCCUUGAUUAUGGCUGUACCUGUAAAUGAAGCUGAUACAUAUGUUUUUGACUGCGCUGUACAGCUUGAUGUCACCCCUGUCGGCAGAAGGGACUGUGGAUGGGGACCUACUCUGUAGAGUUUAGUUUCUUUUCUUUUUUUUUCUCGUUUUUGUUUUUUCUGCUUUGUUUAUAUAAAAAGAGAAAAAGAUCUUUAUUAAAAAAAAAAUACAAUAAAUAUAGGAAAGAAAAUCUUAACCUGUAUACAUUAUGCAAAUUGACCCCCUUACCCGCGGUUAUGAUCGGACGAAACGGCACCACGCCUUCUCGUUAAUUUUUUUGUUUGUUUUCCGUUUCAUUUUAAUUCUCAGCUUUAAAAAUUGAAGAAAAAGAAGUGUCCAAAAUCACAACCUGGUGUUGUUUUCAAAGGAACCUUUUUGGAUAUGAAGUAUGUCUGAUUAUAUACACACACACGUUUGCGUCUGUGAGUGCGUGCGUGUUCACGUACAGGAGACAAACAUUGAGCCACAGAUGCAUGACAUUUGUGUACGAGUGUGUGCGCGUGUGUGUGCAAGAGUGCAUUGUGUGCACUCUUUUAUAAAUGUGCGUACAUGUAAAUUUAUACGUCUAUAUAAAUAUAUAUGUACAAUUCUACAUGUUUAAUUAUGUGUGUGUUGGUGUAUACAUACUUUAGUAUGUAUACAGUGAAGAUGUGUACUUACACACAUAGGUAAGCAUGUCUAGAGUGAAAUGAAUAAAUGAGAGUGCAAUAUUGAAAGCAACUGUGCGUGUCCGACGAUUUUCACCAUACACAAUAUAGACAGUAAAUCGUAAACUGAAAGUUUUUUUUUUUUACUUGUAUUUCUUUAAUAUCAAUAUCAUGUGAUAUCAGUUUAUAAUACACAUCCAAAUAUACUCUUUAUUUUUUAGAGCAACAACAUCAGAACUUCAAGAUGUACAUUUUUAUUUAUAUUUAUUCAAGUUUUUUUUCUUUCUUUCUUUUAUCAGCUGAACACCUUUGGCAUUCCUAAUUUAUUUUGCUUUUACCAAAACCUUUCAAACCAUGUGAUCCACCAAAACAACACAAAUUAUGUUACACAUGCAAAUUUUGGUUGAUAAAAUUUUAAGUUCAAACACGUUUAAUAUAUAUAUAUAGUAUUACUCCAGUAAAUCUCAAAACUUUUUAAAUCUGUAAAUACUAUGUGCUUAAAGUCAUGUUGCACAAGAAAUACUUUUUAAAAUAAAUCUUCUAAAGUCAUUAAAUAGAUUUUGUGUUUAUGUUUCUUAAGUCUUAAAAAUCUCCCACCACUAUUCUUUUGUCCGUCUACAAAACCCCAUACAUUCACAUCUCAACACUAAAAUGCUGACCACACUGAAUAGUCUUCAUUGCAAGAUGACAUAUCCAAAGUUUUUGAUACAUUAACAUAGACCUCCGAUUCUCCGAACUAGUGCAAU